UUUGUUUCUCUCUCACUCACUCACUGACUCAGCUCCGAGGGUGACAUAUUCUUGACUCACUCCCUCUCUCACUCACUCACUCACUCAGCGUUCAAACCUUACGUGAAUAGAAGUGAGACAGAAAGAAACAAAGGACAAGUUGAAAUAUAUAUAUUGUGAUACCUUUUACUGCAAUACGAGUGAGGCAAGGUUAUUAAUAGUGAUGUGUGGGACGAGGUGUAGAGCGGAGGUCAUACGAGUGUAGAUACCAUCGUGUGUAGAGUUGGUGUGGGUGUGUGGUGUUAAGGACGAAGAGGAGAGACAAGAGGAGGAAGAGGAAGGGAAGAGGAGGCUUGGAAAGAUGAUCCGUGACCGCCUGCAAGAGCUAAAGGCUGGCCAGGAUGAAGGUCAAGCUGAGGUCACAGUCGACAUUGCAGUCACGGCGGAACAGGCAGCGAUGGAGCGGUUCUUCUCGCAGGUUGAGGAGGUACUGGAGGGCGUGGGCAAGAUCGAGGCGGCCGUGGCACAGGUCCGCAAGAGACACGGGGAAAUGCUCUCAUCCAGCACCACCGACCCAGAGCUCAAGAAGGAGUUGGAUGACCUCAUGGCGGAUAUCAAGAGGUCAGGGGCAAAGGUCAACGCGAAGCUAAAGGAGCUAUCGCCCCAGACUGACCCUGAUGGCGAGAUGCACAGCGCUGAUGCCCGGAUACGGCGGACCCAGCACAGCGCCGCCACCAAGAGGUUCGUGGAGGCGAUGACGCAAUACCACCACGUGCAGGAGGAGUACAGAGACAAGUGCAAGGACCGCAUCCACCGACAGCUGCAGAUAACCGGCAAGGACCCCACCGAAGAGGAGCUGGACGAGAUGCUGGAGAAGGACAACUUGGAGAUCUUCACACAGGGGAUCAUCACGGAGACACUACAGGCGCGGCAGCAGCUGGCGGACAUUGAGGCGCGGCACGAGGAGAUCAUGAAGCUCGAGACCUCCCUCAGAGAACUCCAUGACCUCUUCGUCGACAUGGCGGUCCUCGUGCAGGGCCAGGGGGUGAUGGUCGACAACAUAGCGACCCACGUGUCCAGCGCCAAGGAGUACGUGGGUGAGGCGAAGGUGCAGACUGCGGAGGCGCUCAAGUACCAGGGGAAGGCGCGGAAGAAAAUGAUCAUCCUGGGAGUCAUCAUCGGGGUCAUCGUGCUCAUCAUCCUCCUGGCCAUCAUCUUAAGCGUCUAGCGAGGUCAAGGUCAGGUCACCAAGCCACGAGGUCACCAGGUCAGGGAGAUUAAGGCACCAGUCACUGUGUUAUCAGGUCAGAAGCACCAUUCCCACCGUCACUCGGUACCAGGUCAACUCCUAAGGUCACUAGGUCAAAGGUCAACUGGUUAGGUCACUGGGUCAGGUCAGUAGGCUACAAGGUCAAGUUCAGGUCACUAGGUCAUGAGGUCACCAAGUUAAGAAUGCCGAGAUAUGGGGUCACUGGGAUAUAAGGUCAGGAGAUUGAUUUAUAAGGUCACUUGCUUGGCUACUAUGGUUGUUUGGUCAAACGGGUCAGGUUACAAUGUCAUCUAUAAAAUCACUGUGUUGACUCACUUUCGGUCUUUUUUUUUUACACACACACACACACACACACACACACACACACACCGGGUGAAAAUAAGUUGGGUUUAUCUUCUUUCACGUGUAGCCCCUGUUCACCUAGCAGUACGCGACGUCAGGCGAGGAGUUGUGACCUCGUUGUCGCGGUGUGUUGUGUGUGAGUAGUCUCAGUCCUACCCAAAGAUCGGUACUACGAGCUCUGUGCUUUUCCGUAGGGGAACGGCUGGCUGUCUCGAGAGAGACCCGCAGCAGACCAAGAGGUGAAUUACACACACACCCCUCUGCUAGCUCAAUCGGUUAAAGCGCCGCGCUGCAAGGCUUCACGGCCAAACAGGCGACGGUUCGAGCCCCGCUCCGGCCUGAUUCUUUCCGUUGACUAAGAGUGGUUACUGUCCCCCCUUGAGAAAGGGGGAUGGGGUGUGUGGUGUGUGGAUCCUGGCAGUGCCCAGAGAUCGACAAUAAUGAGCACUUGCUCACGUCGGGAGGGUACCUGCUGGCGAAAGCGAGUCCAACUCGUGAUCAGGCCGUGGUGAAUUACACACACACACACACACACACACACACAAGCAAACAUACAACAACUGGUUAAAAAAUGAUGCCAAGUAAUAAAUGCCUGAAAAAAAAGGAUGAUAAUUAUAAUCGUUCAUACGCCGGGUUAUCAUUUUUCAUAAGCACAUUUCCCUUCCUGUAAUAGUUCCUUUGAGUGAUAUGAAUAGAAUACGUACCUAAAUAACUAAGUAAACAAAUAAUAAAUAGGUAUAUACAGAUAGGUACAUAAGAAUGGGUGAAUAGAUAAAUAGACAUGAGCCAAAAAUAAUAAUUGCUGUAUCUGUAAAUAAAAGUAAAACGCGUCUUAUUCUUACAGGGGUGAAAUAAUUGUAUGAAGUAAGUAAAUUAGUAUAGUUGCUCAUAGGAUGAGGAACAACAAAAAAUAAGGGUCAUAUAUAUAGUUGUGAUUGUAUAUAUGAUCAUCUAAUUAUUUUUUUCAAUAAUACUCCUAUUUGUAAUUUUUCAAGAGAUUACUACAGUUGUUGUUGUGUUGUGUUUAGCUUUAUUUACUCCCACUACCUUGUAAGUGGAGUUUUGAUGUGGAUCUGACGUUUAAAAUUGUAUUGUGUUGUAUUUUACUACUACUACUACUACUACUACUACUACUACUACUACUACUACUACUACUACUACUACUACUACUACUACUACUACUACUACUACUACAACAACUGGUACUACUACUACUACUACUACUACUACUACUACUACUACUACUACUACUACUACAACAACAACUGGUACUACUCCUACUACUACUAGUACUACUACUACUACUACCUUACUAUAUUGUACUACUACUGUAUCAUACAAGUAAAGAACUUUGGAUUGUAAAUAAUAUACAUGUGAUAUUCUUUUGA